AUGCCAUCCAAUCAAACACCGGUCAUUUUUGAGACAUCUCCUGUUUCACCUAACCAAAGCAGCCCAACAGGCCAGAAUAUGAAUGCUCAAAGCAACACAGCAGCUGAGGUAACAUCUAGUCAGAGAAAUGUAUCUGCUUCAGGAGAUUCCAGUUGUAACAAUGGCCGGACCCUUAUUUUUCUGACUUCUUUAAGGUUGGAACCAUCUUCCAAAUGCUCCAGUUCCAUUACAUUGUCUUUCAAAAGUAAAGUUGAUCCUAAUGGGAUCAACUGGAAAGGUGUUUCACAAGAUGGAAAAGAUGGUUAUUUUGGAGAAUUCAAGAAGAAUUUCUAUUGGGAUGCUUCCGUUAGUGAAGUUUUGGUGAAGCAACAAUGGAUGAAGAAGGAUGCAUUAUGCUACAAGAAUUUCAUUUCCAAUAUAAAGAAGCAUAGAGCUACAGUUCAACCGGAAUUUGUAAAUGACCAUGUGUGGGAAAAGUGGAUGGAACUUUGGCAAAGUGAUGACUGUGUUAAGAAGUCUGAGAUAAAUUCAAAGAAUCAUUGUGGUGGACAUGAAGUAGCUGUUGGGACACACACUGGUGGCUCUAUCACAGCUGGAGAGCACCAGAAAAAACUUUUGCUGCUGGUUUUAUGCUACUUUUCCAACAAGCAGCAACUGAAAAAUUAG